GGCGAGUGGAAUGCCAUUAUUUUCAAAAUAUGCUUCAAUAAAUGUACAAUCAGAUCUUUUAUAGUGAGAUGAUAUAGACAAGAGAAAACAAACCGGAAGUGAAUAACCCUCCUUUCACCAAAAAUGUACAUGCCCUAACAGUUUUCCCGUUUUGGUCGAGCGUUGAUGGCCUGGACUCACCAUUAACCCAAGUUGAUCCAUAUCGCUCUCUUCUCAUCACCAAAAAGUGGCCAGCAUGGAGGGCAGCAUUGUUGUUGGCUCAAAUCCAGCAGCUUCUGCUUCUGACUUUGACUCUGAGGACGCUGCUAUCUCGUCUUCCGGCUCAUCUGAAGAGAAAACCACCGCCAUCACCACUAUAACCGCUCCGGUUCUGCCCCCUCUGACAUUAUCACGAAGAGCCAUCCCAAUAGCACCUCAUUACCAGGAUCGUCUCACAGCAUGCCGUGAGAGCUGUCAUGCUGAUCUCGAAAUCUUGAUCAACAAACGAUGCGCAAACAAUAAUAAAGUGUGCAGAUACACCUUGAGUGCUCUGCUCAAAGAAGCCGUCGAGCACCCACAGACGUUGUUGCAUUUUGCCUCGAGCAAGGACGCAUUUACCAGUUACUCCAUCCUCAUCCAGCACAAGGCGACAGACCCCAACCGUGUCCUUCUUUGUUACGGCGAUUUGCUGGGAUUAUUGGCCAUGGAGAAUGAACUUGAUGAUGCGAAUACUAAUUUGGAGGACGCUCAGGGAAGGACUCCAGACCAACUGGCUAAAGAAUGUCACCAGCCUGCGAUUCUCGAGAAGCUUGGAAAACUCCCGUCGUCGUCUUUGGCACUACCGCCAUUCAUGCCGAGUCCAGGAUCUACUGAGUCAGGCUCAUUAUUUCUAGAAAGGACCAUAAGGAUAUAUGAAAGAAUAACAGUAUUCUUUAUAUCCCUCGUUUUCUUCUGUGUCUACCAAUCUCGAAAGAUGUACCGCCCAUGACCUAACUUAGCAAAGAUUAUAAACAGCCUCAUGGAAGUUUGCAGAAAAAAAAUUACGCACCUUCACCAAGCCUCAUCACCAAGGUAGUUCAUCCACGUCAAUCAACCGGCGAUUAUCCUUAUAAAAGGCGUGUUGUGAUACUUGAUGGGUGACUCCAAGUGCCAAAGCGCGCAAUAAUCUUCGGCACCAUAUUCCGUCCAUGAGGGCACUCCUGUUCCGGAAAACUCGACCGAGGUAGUCGUCAU